UAAACGGCAAUUCAUAUAUUAACGAAUUAUAUAAAAGGAAUUAUCUUCUAAUAGAACGUAAUGUAAAUGUGAAAAUUCUCUCUUUGGAGAAAAUGAUUGUUCGAAGAAAUGUAGUAUCUAGGCAAAUUCAUAUAACGGUACGAUAUACAGGUGACUUCAAUCUUCUGAAAACGCUAAGCACCACUGGCAUAUUUACGAUAAUAAGAAAACCCAGCGUGAAAAUCGACUUCCGUAGGUUUAUGAGAAGCGAAACUUGGACAGUAGGUGUCGUAAUCGAUUUGCGUUGUCGCAAUGAGACCGCCGUACGAAUUUUUGCUGAAAGCUCGAAAUAUCGAAUGUACGAUUACUCAUACAAUUGGUUAGUGUUGGGCUCGGAUUACAAUAACAGUAUUCCUCUCUUGAACGAUACCGCUUAUAACAUAGUAACGGAUGUUGUUCUUGCUAUAACGAACAGAAAUGGCUAUGAUCUGUACGAUGUUUUUAAUCACUGCAAAUAUCGUGGUGGUGCGUUAAACGUUACUGAGCUUGGUACUUGGCAUCGUGAGUCCGGAUUGAAAGUUUUCUUAACGCAACCAUUAAUUAAUAGAAGGGCCAACAUGCACGGCAUGAGAUUAAAAAUAUCUGGUGUGAUUCAAUACAGACCAAAGAAUAUGCGUCUCGAGGAUUACAUGCAAGACAUAAAUACGAGAUCGUUGGAUAGUAUGCAUAAAUUUGUACACGCUAUGAUUUUGCAUACCGGAGAUCUUUUUAAUUUCAGCGUCCAUGCCUCGGAAAUAAUUUAUUGGGACCGACACAGCGUGCAUGGUUUGAUUUUCGAAUUCUUACGGUCGAAUUACAUCGAUUUCGCUAGUAAUCCAAGAAUCAUGGUGUCUGAACGAUUGGAUUACGCUACUCUAAUUGGCGCAGCAUGGCCAAUUAGACCCUGUUUCAUGCUGCUAUCGACUUCAACGAAUAAGAUCAAGUUAGAAAUCUUUCUGAAACCCUUCACACGGCAAACGUGGUACGUGUUUGCUGUUUUCGGAUUAUUUUCCAUAUUCGUUAUGAAGAUGAUAAUGAAUCGCGAAGAUAUUGGCAAGAGAGAAAAAUAUUCAGGAGCGGUGGUGCUGUCGAUAGGAAUCGUGUCCCAGCAAGGUGCAAAUCUCUUGCCGAAACGUUUACCAAGCCGUAUAGCGUUAUUUCAAAUAAUUAUACAUAGCUGGAUAAUGUACAAUUAUUACUCUGCCAGUAUUGUCUCGGCUCGAUUGAGCGAACCCCUUGAUAUGAUGGAAGAUUCCGUAACUGUCCUUGCUGAUAGUAAUCUAAAAAUUGCUGCGGAAGCCGUACCAUAUCUAAACUACUUUUUAUACAAACUGAACUGGGAAUCGGAUUAUUUUCGCAAGAAACGCUGGGAUCCUCUGCCAGAAUCAAAACGAUAUCUGCCAAUAGAAGAGGGUAUCAGACAAGUCGGUCAAGGAAUUUUAGCGUAUCAUACGGAUCCUAAUACAGCUUACCCUUACGUCGAAAGGAUGUUCGAUUCAAAUAAAAUCUGCGAAUUGACGGAGAUUCAUUUGUUCAAACAAUCGGUGAUGGGAAUGUACGCCAGUCACAAUGGGCAAUUCAUUGAGAUAGCAAAAAUAGGGUUGACAAAGAUGUUUAAUACUGGCCUUCGUAAUCGGCAAAUCAAGCAUUGGUCGUCGAGGAAGCCACAGUGUCAAUCCGACACUUUGUCCACAAGGAGCAUCACGAUCUACGAAACUGCUCCGGCUUUGAUUUUAUUAGCAUUCGGAAUGCUCGUAGCUGGAAUCAUUUGCAUCGUAGAAAAUAUUAUUUAUAAUCAUAAGAUGAAAAAUUACACCGUGCAUAAUGAAUAUUUACAUGCAGAUGAUUAUCGGAUCGUUAAACUUCUCAAUGAUGCUGGGAUUGGGGUGUCUGUAAGUCAAUUUGCAUCGACAAUCGAUAUAUCCCGAUUUUUGCACAGCAUUUAUUGGAAUUUAGGUAUAUUAUUGGACCUACAGUGCUCAAUCUCGGACAAAGAUGUAAUGGAACUUUUCUACGAGACCUCGACCCAUUACAUGUUUGAUCAUUUGCAUCAAUGGUUGAUCCUGGGAGAAAAUAUGAGCCAUACCGUCAACUUAUUAAACGAAAGUACAUUUAGUAUCAUCACGGAUAUCGCAAUUGCUAUACCAAGGGAUGAUGAGUACAUUUUAUAUGACGUAUACAAUCAUUGCGAAUCUUGCGGUGGUUUAUUAAAUGUUACGGAACUUGGUACCUGGUCUAAGAACGAUGGAUUACGGAUUACUCUGCGGUCAAAUAAAUUUUCCAGAAGAUGGAAUUAUCAUAGGAUGAAGAUCAAGAUUGCUGGUGUUGUAACAGCUAAACCUAAGAAUCAAGAUUUGGUGGAAUAUCUGCGAGAAAAAAAUGCUAUACGCACGGACAAUUGGUCUAAGUUUGGAUUUGCUAUCAUGGAACACGUUGGAGAUCAAUUCAAUUUCACCUUUGAGGUGAUAAAACUGGAUCAUUGGAACAAAAAUGAUAGCAGUUUUGGACCAUUGAUAGCUGGCCUUCGCGAUGACAUCUAUCACAUGGGAUAUUUUCCAUCGAUUUUGACUGUCGAAAGACUCAAUUAUGUAAAUGUAAUUACGCAAGUUUGGCCCGCAAGAACCUGCUUUAUGUUUCUUACUGUACCUUCGUCAAAAGUGGACAUGAACCUAAUAUUUAGACCAUUCUCACGAAAUGUUUGGUACAUGAUCCUUUUAUUAAUAAUCGUCAUAAUUUUCGCUAUGUGGACAAUUUUUAAACUCGAAAAAGAUGCUGUUUACUCUGAUCAUGGGUCCACAAUUCUUAUUAUUGCCGCUGCAUUAAGUCAACAGGGAUUACCAUUUAUUAGCAAUCAAUCUUCUAGUCGUGUUGCUUUUUUUCACAUAAUGAUCUUUGGUCUACUUGUAUAUAAUUAUUACUCAGCAGCAAUAGUAUCCAGCCGAUUGAAUGCACCAUUAGAUAAAAUGAACGAUUCAUUGUACUCAUUAGUAAAAAGUAAAAUGAGUCUUGCAGCGUUUAAGGAUAUAUAUUUCAGUGUUUUAUUGCAAUCUCCUGCGGAAGAUGUUCAAUAUUUUAAGAAACACUGGGAAACUAUACCGCAAAAGAAAAGAUUUCUUUCGAUAGAGGAUGGUAUGAAAAAAAUGAAGAACUUAAGAUUUGCUUAUCACGCGGAGCCCGAUAACGUUUAUCCAUUCAUAGAUCGUAAUUUUGAUAAAGAAAUGAUUUGUCAGCUUACCGAGGUACAUUUACUUCAUCCUUGUUCGCUAGGUUUAUGGUCAACACAACAUAGUCCGUUUCAAGAAAUAACAAAAAUAGGUAUUCUUAAAAUAUCCACUUCAGGGAUUCGGAAGCGAGAAGUAUCACGUUGGAGUUACAGAAAACCUUAUUGCAACAAAGAUAAAUAUCAUGUAUCUAGUGUAACUAUUCAUGAAGCGAUACCAGUUAUACUUGUUUUAUGUUUUGGCAUCAUUUUAUCAGCUGUUAUUUGUUUCAUAGAAAAUGUAGUUUUCUGCAAAUUAAGCACAAAACAGGAACAAAUAAAAAAAUUUGGAAGUCGAUUAAAAAAACGUAAUCAGAAAAAUAUUGCACCAGGGAUUAAAACUACGGUAAAGACAAAAGUAGCUAUUCGUGUAACUAACAAAAAAAAAAUUCUUUCUAAUAAAUAAAAAUUUUAA